UACGAAUGAAUGGGGCGCGGGGCUACGGCGCGGCCCCGGCGCGGUGGCGCGAAGGCGGUCCGGGAACGCAGCGGGCACCAGGCGGAGCCGCCACCGCCAGGUCGGUCCGAGGGGCCCGUGGGCGCGGGGCGGUGUCGGAGCGAAAGCGGAACACGGUCGGGCCCAGAGCCCCAGGCAGGGCGGGACCGGACUUGCGUGCCCGGGCGUCUCCUGCGUUCCCGGGCGGCCCCGCCUGAGCGGCUGGCCCAGUGCCCGGCGUCUUGGACCGCCCUUCCCCCGAUGCUCCCCCUUCCUCACUGGGCAUCCUCGCCGGCUCCCAGGGGAGGCGGACCUGACCAGACGGCGAGACCGGAGCCUGACGCCAGCUGUUCGGUGCCCGCAGCGGCCAGGGCCAUGGGCACUCCGGCCUCGGUAGUGAGCGACUCUCCGGGAGGGGCGGUGCCCGCAGCCCGCGCCCGUAAGCAGGCCUCGGCCAACAUCUUCCAGGGCGUGGGGCUACGAGAGCUGCGAAGCCUGUUCCGGAGCGGCGGGGCCGAGCGCCCCGAGGAGCGCGCCCGCCUCGUCUGGCGAUACGCGGGCCAGCGGCGUAUGGCACGGGCCCUGCGGCGCCUUCGGCGACCAGCCCAGCCCGGCGGUGGGAUGGCAGCGCUACGGCGCUUCAAACACCUUCGGAUCGCAGAGAAGCUGGAGCGUAACUGCAGGGCCAAGAUGGGCUCGGGGUCCAUGUAGCAGCGUUGAGCGGCUGGGCCGUGGAGAGGAGCUCUCCAAGGACCCUAAGUGUACUGGGUAGGGUGCAAUGAAUGGUUAAUAAAGGGUUGACAGUGGUGGCUGGGUGAGGCUCUGGUUAUGUCCUGCCCCUCCCUGAGUGGCAGAACCAUGGUCCAGGCUAUUGUACGGCACCUAGUACAAGGGGAGCCCCACACACUAGGUCAGGCUGGAACAGAUGACCCACAGGUCUGUUCCAACCUCCCUGCUUAAAGCAGGGUCAUCUUAGAGCAGCUGUCACAGGAUUGCAUCCAGAUGGUUCUUGACUAUCUCUCAAGAGGGAGACUCCACAGCCUCUCUGGGGAAUCUGUUCCAGUGCACAGUCACACAGUAACUGCCUUGGCACAGGGCACACACAGUCACACAGACAACUGAAUAACAAGCUACAUGCUGCCCUUCACGAGAAAGAAUGUUUGGAAGAGAUAGUAGACAUUCACCACGGAAAGAUUUCUCUGCUGGAAGACCAGCUGGCCAAGCUGGAAGAGUGUAGCACUCAGGAGAACAGAGAAGUCAUGGAGGAUUUUCUGAAGCUGAAGGAGCUGAAGCAAGAGGUAUUCAGCCUCGCUGCCAAAAGAGCAAAGC